AUGGAGGAAUAUUCAGAUAGGAGAUCAAAAGCAGAAAUUGCAUAUCUCAGGAGGGGUUCCAGAUUCUCUUCCAGGAAUCUAAGUUCAGAAGAGAGGACUAAUCACAACAUCGAUAAACCGGGAAGCAGCACUAGAUUCAAUCCUAUGAAAGCGAGAAUUGGCGAUAAUCAAGAAAGACCAAGAUAUAUACACGGUUCAUUUAAAUCUUCAGGCUCAAAGGUGACACCUGCAAGCUCUUCUAAAUUUCCACUUAGCAAGUUUGAGGAAAGGCGAAGACAACCUUUUGUGCCAGGGAUUGACAUUGCUGAAAGUAGUAGAAGAAAGGCUGAUACCAAGCAGCUAGAGGGUAGUAAGAAAAUUGCUAUAGACAACGAGAGUUCAGACACUCUGCAAGGUGAAUCAGAAGGUUUUACUACUGAACAAGUACCUUAUCCAGAAGGCUCUCAUUUUACCAGUCAUUCAGGUGUUUCUGCACAUACAGUCAAGUCCUUGGUCCAAACUGCCUCACUAAGUUCUAGGACACAGACACAGAAACACAAAGAAGUAAAUAUGGGUACUCCAGGAGCAUCUUCUUCAUCUCUGACUAAUGGGUCUACUAUACCCAGAAGUUCUACCAUGGGUCUGAGGCCAGCUUAUGGUCAUGUUAGUGGAGGGCAGAUACGUGGUCUUAAAAACCUUGGUUGUACUUCAGUACCUGAUGCUCAGCCAUCAGGUUGCCCAUCUGAGUCUGUUAUUAGUAGGAGGUUUGAGUUCAUGAGAAAGAGGGCAUUUGAUGAGGAAAGCUCUUCCAGAUCAAGGAACUUAAGUUUAGGUCAUUCCCCUCCUACAGAUAUUCGUAGUACUGGUCACAGAAUCAGAAUGAAUGAACAAUCACUUUCUCAACAAAUACCACGAAGAAGCAGCAGAAACCAUAAGGAAACGGCAGUUUCAGUUAGGACGAGACGACCUUCUCCUCAUGCCACUAGGAUGAGUGUUCCUGAUGAAAGAGAAGAUGGCAUACUUUCUCUGCAUGAGUCAUCCACAAGGAAUGUACAGCCAGCUCAGGAACAUCUUUCAUUGGAAGAAGUCUCCUCUGAGAGUUCAAUAAGGCCAUUCUUUGUGGAAUUUGAUAACAUUUUUCAUCUAGUCGUCGUCGUUGCUCGAAUACUCGAGCUGAAAGGGGAAGACCAAGCUCCCUUUUUGAAGAAAGUCCUCGACAAAUGUGCUGUUGCCUCCUAUGAUCGGCAUAGAGACAUGCAGAUGGAUAUUGAUAAUAUGUCCUAUGAGGAAUUAUUGGCCCUGGAGGAGAGAAUAGGCUCUGUAAGCACAGCUCUUUCAGAAGCACAGUUUACAAAAUGCCUCAGAAGAAGCAUAUAUAGUCAAGUCGCUUCAGAUGUGAACAAAUCAACCGUUGAUGACAUGAAAUGCAGUAUAUGCCAGGAAGAGUACAUGGAGGGCGAAGAAGUUGGGAGGCUGCCGUGCGAGCACCGGUUCCAUGUGUGCUGCAUAGGCCAGUGGCUUAGGCAGAAGAACUGGUGUCCAAUAUGCAAAGCGUCUGCAGUGCCUUCCAAGGGCUAA